CACAGAGAGGGUACGCGCAUGCACACCUGAGGACCACCACGCCUCCAGUCCUUUGGACAAGAUGGCGGUCCAAACGCUCCAACGCGCCUUCUCGGCUGAACGCGAUCUCACCCACCCUUACCUCUCCCUACUCCCUUCACUGCGGAUAGAGCGGGGCAGAUACGGGUUGACAGGGCCUGUGUGGGCUCUUACAGACGGUGACCGUGAAGGAGGACCAGGUGAUGCAGCAGAACCCGCCCAAGUUCGACAAGAUCGAGGACAUGGCCAUGCUCACCUUCCUGCACGAGCCGGCAGUGCUGUACAAUCUCAAGGAGCGCUACGCUUCCUGGAUGAUCUACACCUACUCAGGCCUCUUCUGCGUCACCGUCAACCCCUACAAGUGGCUGCCGGUGUACAAUGCUGAAGUGGUGGCUGCCUACCGGGGCAAGAAGAGGAGCGAGGCCCCGCCCCACAUCUUCUCCAUCUCUGAUAACGCCUAUCAGUACAUGCUGACCGAUCGGGAGAACCAGUCCAUCCUCAUCACGUGAGCAUAGUUCCAGAAUUCCUAAUCCUAGCGCCCCCUCCCCCCCGGGGGG